CAAUCGAAUACUGUAGCUGAUCGAAUAAUAAAAGAAGAUCAUGGAAGAAAUCCAACCGUUGGAUUCGAUUGCAGUGGUGGCGCGUCACCUGCGUCGUCUCGUACCGAUUGUAAACAUCCCUGCCGCUACCAGCUUCAAAACAAAAAAAGACACGACACAAAACCAGAGGAAGCAACAUGAAACGCAUAAUGAAGCGGGUGAGCGGCGGAGGACCAGAAAGACGGGCGCCAGCUCGCACUGUCAGAGAGGACAUGGACGUGGAACUGUCCGCCAAGGCAGAGUUGGCGGAUCUGAAGCAUCGAGAGCAACAUCUUUUUCAGGAUGGGGGUUUGGAAACUUUGGGUGUCAGCGUUCAUUGGCUCGAGACUGGAUUCAUGGACGAAGUUCACGCCGCUGGCUUUGACCGUAAUGCUACCAUUUAUGAGAUUGAACCAGUGGUGAUUCGAGGAAAAGGACUCAAUAUGCUCUGUCCCGUUGACGGAGAGAAAGGAGUCUCCUAUGUUCAUGCGCUCCUUUCUCCCAAGAGAAACAGCAAAAAGCAACUGCUGGACAACAUCAGCAGCCAUAACAGUGUUGCCCCUCCUCCUGCUGGUCCAGCAGCAUUUAUGCUCAGCUACGGUUGGAUUUACAGCAUUGGAGACAUCGUGGAAACUCUCUCGGACUUUUGUACCACCAACAAGGUGGACCCCACCACCACCUACAUUUGGCUUUGCUGCUUGUGCAACAAUCAACAUCGGGUUGUGGAAAACCAAAAGAAUAGCAAGGCAGUGCCGUUUCAAAGAUUCCGUGAUAUCUUUUAUCAACGUGUCACAGGGAUUGGUCAUGUGUUGGCCUUAAUGGCGCCCUGGCAGAAGCCGCUCUAUUUGACUCGCGUCUGGUGUAUUUUCGAACUUUUCACUGCCGAUCAGCAAGAGGACUGUGACGUGAGUAUUCUGAUGCCACCCCGAGAAAAGGAAGCACUGAAACAAGACCUGUUUGGAGAGGGUGGAAAAGAUAUUGGGACUGGAAUCACGGCCUUGUACAACGCCCUCGCCAACACAAGGGUCCAAAAUGCUCAAGCUUCAAUCGAGUCCGACAGGUUGGCCAUUUUGCAGUUGAUUGAAGAUGAUAGUGGCUGUGGCAGUCUGAACCACAGUGUCAACGAACUUCUUCGGCGGUGGGUGCUUGAUGUAGUGUCAUCAUUUGGGGAUGAUUGGGACAAUUCACCGGACUCACUUGAUGCUGCAGAUACUUUUGUCAAGAUUGGACUGCUGCUUCAAGAAUUUGGGGGCCAUGAUUCUGCCUUAAAACUGUACAAGAAAGCUCUGGCAAUCAGGGAAUCAGCACUUGGUACUGAUCACGAGGACACUGCCACCUGUUACAAUGUGAUUGGUGAUGUUCUGAUUGUGAAAGGAGAAUAUGAUGCCGCUUUGGUGGGAUGUAGGAAAGCUCUGGCUAUAAGAGAAUCUGUGCUGGGCAAAGAUGACCCAUUCACUGCCACAACUCAUGGAAGCAUUGGAUUAGCAUUCGCAUUUCAAGCAAACUACGAUGCCAGCCUGGAGCAAUACCACAAGACUCUAGCUAUUCGAGAGUCAGCUCUGGGGAAGAAACACAUUGACACUGCCACAACCUACAAUGACAUUGGAGUGGUGCUAGGCGAGAAGGGUGAUUAUGACACUGAAUUGAUGUACUACCAGAAGGCCCUGGCCAUCAGAGAAUCAGAACUGGGGAGGGAACACCCCGAAACAGCUCAAACUUACGUGUGCCUGGGAUCAGUCCUCACACAUAAGGGAGAGUAUGAUUCAGCUCUAGAGGAAUACAAGAAAGCGCUCGCUGUAAGGGAAUCAGUCUUGGGAAAGGAUCAUCCAGACACAGCCCAUUCCUAUGUUUCAAUUGGUGGAGCAUUUCACUUCAGGGGUGAUUAUGAUGCAGCUUUGAGAGAAUACAAAAAAGCAUUGUCAAUCUUCCAAUCAGCUGUUGGUGAUGACCACCCUGAUACAGCCACAGCCUACUCAGCAAUUGGUGAGGUGUAUGAGUCCAUGGGGAGAUAUGAUGAAUCAUUGGAUUACCACAGAAGGGCACUUCAUGCACGUGAGAGAGCCUUUGGUCAGAAUCACCCAGACUGUGCCACAUCCUUCAAUUGCAUUGGCGCAGUAUUGGAUAGUAUGGGGGAUUACGAUGGAGCGCUCGUUCAGUACAAGAAGGCUCUAGCAAUCAGAGAAUCAGUCCUUGGAAAAAAUCACACCGACACUGCCACAGCAUACAAUAACCUUGGCAUGCUUUACUACACCAAAGGUGACUAUGAUGCCGCCGAACAAGAACUAAGCAAGGCUUUGGCAAUUGAAGAAUCGGUGCUUGGGUGUGAUCACGUGGACACUGCUGCAACAUAUUGCAACCUUGGGAUGGUUCUGAAGGCCAAGGGGAACUUUGAUGGUGCUCUGAAAGAGUACAAGAAAGCUCUCAGGAUCCGACAACAAGUUCUGGGGGAGGGGCAUCCAAAUGUUGCCACAACCUACAACAAUAUUGGUGGUGUAGCUUUGAUGGUGCGCAACUUUGAUGGUGCACUGGAAGAGUACCGCAAGGCCCUGGCAAUCUUUGUCGCAGCACUUGGAGAUGACCAUCCUGAUGUUGCAUCUGCCCACAGCAAUAUUGGCUUUGUGAUGCACAUUAAAGGUGAUUAUAGGGCUGCUUUGACAGAGUACAGGAAAGCAUUUGCCAUCAGAGAGAAGGUCCUUGGAAAGGAUCACCCAAGCACAGUGUCCACAAAUGAGGCAAUGAACAUGGCGCUGAGAGCCAAAUGGGCAGCACAGUCUUAGCAAUACGGUAUGCAUAGGUACAGCGUACAACCUAGACUACGAUGUAGGAGCUGGGCCGUCGCCCCGACGCAUUUGGACGGCCACAUGACCCUGUAAUACUUCAUCCUACGAAUACUAGUAAACUAUUUGUCUGGUCGUGUCGUGAACGACCUCGUGUCAGACACUAGAGUUUCCAUUGUCCC